AACAAGCUUAUAUCUCCAUAAUUAAGGAAUCAAAAAAGUUUAUCUAUAUAGAAAACCAAUUUUUCAUAUCGAUACAAAAAAAUUUGAUGGUGUUGAAUGGGAUUGCAGAAGCACUUUAUCAAAGAAUUAUCAAAGCUCAUAGCGAUAAACAUGAAUUCAAAGUUUACAUUGUGAUGCCUUUACUCCCUGGUUUUGAAGGACAAAUAGGUGAAAAGACUGGAACAUUUUUAAAAGCUCUUAUUUAUUGGACUAAUUCCUCUUUUAAUAUGGGCAAUAAAUCUUUGAUUCAACGAUUGAAGACGUCAAUUGAAAAUCCAUUUCAAUAUAUCAGUAUUUGCGGAUUGAGAAAAUACACAGAACUAAAUGACAAACUGGUUACAGAAUUAAUUUACGUUCACAGUAAAUUACUUAUAAUGGAUGAUGAAUGUUGUCUUAUAGGUUCGGCUAAUAUCAAUGAUAGGAGUCUUUUAGGAGAUCGAGAUUCAGAGAUCGCAGCAAUUUUCAAGGAUAAUUCAAAUAAUAUGAAAAACCAACAAAAUAAUACAUUUUGUUCGACUUUAAGGAAAAAUAUUUUCAAGGAACAUUUUCUCGGCUCUAAGAUGGACAUGGACGAUAAAAAUAACUCCGAUGUGCAGGAAAAAGAUUUUGAGGAUCCCAGCAAAGAUUAUUUCUUCCAUUUAUGGAACACCAGGGCCAAAAAUAACACAGUAGCAUAUAACGAGAUAUUUAGGUGCAUACCUACCAACGACACAACAACUCUGAAUUCCUUAGCGGAAUAUCAAAAAAUAGCUCCAUUAUCUCAGACAAAUCCGAAUUCGGCUCUAAACCAGUUAAGUUCCAGGAUCAAGGGCAGAUUAGUCCUAUUUCCAUUAAAAUUUUUGAUCGAAGAAGGAGAAAAUCUUUUGACUUUUCCGGAAAGUACUAUCAAAUUACCUCUGGGGGAGAGUUCCUUGAUAUCCAGGAUAUACACAUAA